UAACCGACGCGCAAGCAGAACUCUGUUGCUCUUUUCAGCGUUUAGACUGAAGGCAGCAGGGAAAUCACAAAGCACCAGAGCACAGUAUAACGGGUCAUCUAAGCAUGUGGUAGCUGAACUAGCCGGUGUUGAAGGAGGACGACAGACAAGACGGAGGUCGGAAAACCUCAGGGGUCGCCAGACUGCCCAUACCUGGACAAUAAAACGGGAGGCUCUUCAAAUUUAUGAGCCGUGGUUGUACACAUCUUAUGCUCCACCUCCAACUCUGAGAGGCGAAGUGAGACAGGAUCCACAUUGAAGUGAAGCCGCUAUGGCCCCCGAAUACAGUGAGUCACUCUGGUGAGUGUGGGCCGUCACAGGCAGAAGAAAUGUUGGGAAAGAGGGCUGGACACCUCACUGAAGCUUGCUGUAGUAACCAUGGAAACGGUGUGGAGGAGUUUGGCCUGCGUUGGCAUCAUCGCCAUGGUUGCCAGUGGAGUGGCAGAGAGUUGGAGUCCUGAGGAGUUUGCUCAGUCUCAAGCUGACUUUCUCUCAAGCUUGGGCCAGUAUGAGAUCGCCAUCCCAGUGCGUGUGGGGCCGCAUGGGGAAACACUGUCAAAAGAGGCGACCCCUCGUGGGCAUGGCCGACAGCGGCGUAGCACAGAAACACAGCACGUUCCAGACCCACAGCUGUACUAUCAGCUCUCCACUUCAAGUUCUGACCUCCUCCUCAACCUCACCCUGCUGGGAGGACUGCUUUCGAGACAGUUUCGUGUGGAAUACUGGAAGAGGGGUCGUCUGGCCUGGAGUCACCCAUACUUAGCCAACUGCCACUAUGUGGGUCACCUACAGCACCAGCCUCACUCUAGUUCUGUGGCUCUUAGCAACUGUAAUGGCUUGCAAGGGGUCAUUGUAGCUGGUGGUGAGGAGUACCUUAUCGAACCCCUGGUUUCUGCCAAAAAUUUCACUAAUGAGGAUGGCAAAGAAGGGCGUCCCCAUGUGGUGUAUAAACGGUCGUCUCUGAGAUACCAGAAUUUGGACCAGUCCUGUGGAGUCAUCGAUGAGAAGCUUAUUAAGAGUUAUGGGUGGUGGCAGAGAACAAUAAAGCCUUCACCCAAUCAGAUGGGGCGGGGCCAGUUACCACUUAAGCGUUCUGUCAGCCGAGAGCGCUACGUCGAAACCCUGGUGGUCGCCGACAAGAUGAUGGUUAGCUAUCACGGCCGCCGUGAUAUUGAGCAGUACAUUUUGGCCGUUAUGAAUAUUGUUUCCAAACUGUUCCAGGAUUCUAGCCUGGGGAACGCAGUGAACAUCGUUGUGACCAGGCUUAUUUUACUCAUGGAAGACCAGCCCACACUAGAAGUUAACCAUCAUGCGGGAAAGUCUUUAGACAGUUUCUGCAAGUGGCAAAAAUCCAUCCUUCACCGGAACGGCCACGGCAACGCCAUCCCUGACAAUGGAAUCGCUCACCAUGAUACAGCAGUGCUUAUCACCAGAUAUGAUAUCUGCAUCUACAAGAACAAACCCUGUGGAACACUUGGACUGGCACCUGUUGGUGGUAUGUGUGAGCCAGAGAGAAGUUGCAGCAUCAAUGAAGACAUUGGUCUUGCCACUGCUUUCACCAUUGCACAUGAGAUAGGACACACGUUUGGGAUGAAUCAUGACGGUGUUGGCAAUGCAUGUGGGGUGCGCAGUCAGGAGACCGCUAAACUCAUGGCUGCCCACAUUACUAUGAAGACUAACCCCUUCGUCUGGUCAGCCUGCAGCCGUGAUUACAUCACCAACUUCCUGGACUCUGGCAUGGGUUCCUGCCUGAACAAUGUUCCCCCCAAGCAAGAGUUUGUUUACCCCACCACAGCCCCUGGCCAAGCCUAUGACGCAGACGAACAGUGCCGCUUCCAGUAUGGAGUGAAGUCUCGUCAGUGUAAAUACGGGGAAGUGUGCAGUGAGUUGUGGUGCAUGAGUAAAGGGAACCGCUGCAUCACCAGUAGCAUCCCGGCUGCCGAGGGCACCAUCUGUCAGACCAGCACCAUUGAGAAAGGGUGGUGCUACAAAAGAUUAUGUGUUCCGUAUGGAACUCGCCCGGAGGGUGUUGACGGUGGGUGGGGCCAUUGGUCUCCAUGGGAGGAGUGUAGUCGCACCUGUGGGGGUGGAGUCUCAUCCUCCAUUCGCCACUGUGACAGUCCCAGGCCAACGGUUGGAGGAAAAUAUUGUCUGGGCGAGAGGAAGCGAUUCAGAUCCUGCAACAUUGAUGAGUGCCCGGCCGGAUCUCAGGAUUUUCGGGAAAUUCAGUGCUCGUACUUUGACAGUGUUCCUUUCCGGGGGAAGUUCUACACCUGGAAACCAUACAGGGGCGGAGGGGUGAAGUCAUGCUCGCUGAACUGCCUGGCAGAGGGCUAUAACUUCUACACCGAGCGUGCACCAGCUGUGGUGGAUGGCACACCCUGCAGGGACGACUCUCUAGACGUUUGUGUGAAUGGCGAGUGCAAGCAUGUGGGCUGUGACCGGAUCCUGGGUUCAGAAGUUCGAGAAGAUCGCUGUCGCAUUUGUGGAGGAGAUGGCAGCAGCUGCCAGGUCAUCGAGGGAGUUUUCAAUGACUCCUUAUCCGAAGGAGGUUAUGAGGAGGUGGUCAGGAUACCCAAAGGGUCUGUAUUCAUACACAUCCAAGAGCUGAACAUCUCUCUCAAUUACUUGGUGUUGAAAAGCAAAGGGGAGCAGUACUUUAUCAACGGCAAGCUGACGAUCGACACACCACGGCGCUUUGACAUCGCAGGAACCACCUUCCACUACCGUCACCCCCCCAAUGAACCAGAGACCUUGGAAGCACUAGGGCCCACCAACAUGACUCUAAUUGUUAUGAUGUUGGUCCGAGAGGAAAAUCCCGGGAUCCAUUACCGUUUUAACUCACCGGUCAACAGAGAUCCACUGAGUGGUUACACCUGGCAUUAUACAUCCUGGUCCCGCUGUUCUGUGCUGUGUGCAGGAGGGGUUGAAGUUCAGCAAGUGGUGUGCAAGAAGCAAGCUGAUCUCUCUGUGGUGUACAACCACUUCUGUGACAAGAAGAACAAGCCCAAAGACAAGAAAAGACCAUGCAACUCGGAGCCUUGCCCUCCAACGUGGUGGACAGGAGAGUGGUCUGAAUGCAGUAGGAGUUGUAAUGGAGGAGUGCGCACACGAGAAGUUCUAUGUAAGAGGAAGAUCUCUGCCACAGAGGAGAAAGUCCUGGAUGACUCGGCCUGCUCCCUACCACACCCUUCCAUUACUGAACCCUGCCACAACCACACCUGCCCCCCAGAGUGGCACGGGCUGGACUGGUCUGAGUGUAUUCCUAGCUGUGGUCCGGGUUACAGGUACAGGGUGAUUCUGUGUAAAAGUGGAGAGAAUGGUGAAACACUGCCUGAGUCAGACUGCCCGAAACAAAGCCGUCCGACCAGCAGGGUGCGCUGUAACAUACAACGCUGCCCACCACCUAAGUGGGUUAUAGGACCCUGGGGAGAGUGCUUGGCUAGGUGCGGUAUGGGUCAGGAAAUGCGUUUAGUGCAGUGUCUGACACAUACUGGUCAGCCGUCCAAUGAAUGCCCUGAGUCACAUCGGCCCGCCUCCAUGCAGCAGUGCAAGAGCAAGUGUGACCACAACGGCCCUACAGAUAACCCUGAAGAGUGUAAAGAUGUGAACACAGUGGCAUACUGCCCCCUGGUGCUCAGGUUCAAAUUUUGCAGCCGCCCAUACUUCAGACAGAUGUGCUGCAAAACCUGCCAAGGACACUGACCUCCCUCUCACUCUCUCUCUCUCUCUCUCUCUCUCUCUCUCUCUCUCUCUCUCUCUCUCUUUCUCUUUCUCUCACACUCUUGCUCUUUUUUUUCCCCUCCUCUGUCCCUCCCUUGUUCUUGCAUGGCCAAAACCGCCCAUACUCAGCAUUCCACUGAGGGAGUGUUGUUAACCACUGGCAGACGGACAUCAUUGUGGGAGAGAGUGUGGAAGAAAUGAGAGCGAGAGAGAUGGAGAGACAUGAAAAGAGAGAGAGAGAGUCUGUGCUGCUCUCUCUCUCCCUCAGACCAGCUGCUUUAGCACUGCUGCUGUGAAUACCAGUCUGCCUGGAAGACAUCUGUCAGUAUCUCUUUUGCUCUUAGCAUGGUGCUUUCGGCCAUCAGUUUUCAUACAGAAAGUGUUUGCGUGAACUUUUUCACACUUGCACUGUUAGUUCUCAGUGUAUUGCUAAUAGUUUUGUCCAUUAUUUUAAUGUGGUAAAUGAUGCAUUUAAAGACCAAUUGUCUUUAUUACCAGUCUUAAAGGGAUAGUUCACUUAAAAAUGAAAAUUCUCUCAUCAUUUAC